UUUUCUUCUCUCUCUCGUUACGCCCCCUGCUGAUUCGUCUUAAAAAUAAAACUGCCACCACCACACCACCGGCGUGAGAUUUAUUAUUAUUUUUCAUCUCGCGUGUAUGAUUCGAUUCCCCCGCUGGAAAAUUACUCUCUCGCGUAUCGUCAAUAACACAUACACUCACACAAAUGGCAAUAUUGCGCGUGCGCUCUACUGUCAAAGAUUAUAUACCAAAAAAAAAAAAAAGAAUGUGACACUUUCUGUGUACACUUAGUAUCAGCAACACACCCAAGUGUUUGUGUUAUUAUUUUUUUCAUAACAAUAAUCAACAAUAAUAAACGUGUCUAUAAACAAUAACUUGUUAAAAAAAAGUGUAACAAUCAAUUUAAUAAUGUAGAUUAUUUAAGUAUCAUUUAUAAUAACAUCAAAAAUGUGGACGACAACAAAAACAACAAAAUAUGGAGUCGCCGUUUAUAAUUGGCGAGGGGAAACGAGAUAUGGUUUACCUCUGGAAAUUGGUGAAACACUACAGAUACUAGAAGAAUGUGGAGGUUGGUACAGAGGUUUUUCGACAAAAAAUCGUGCAGUUAAAGGAAUAUUUCCAAGUUCAUAUAUUUAUCUUAAACCAUGUAAAAUUGAAAAUGAAGGAUUAUUUGAGUCAGUGAUACCAUUGGAAGAUCCAGUAGUUCGAGAAGUAACACUAGUUCUCAGAGAAUGGGGUGGAAUAUGGAAACGACUAUUUGUGGAACGAGAAACCUACAAAUUCAAUACACUGAGAAAGGUAAUGAGAGAAUUACUUGAAUGGCGAAGACAACUUUUGGCUGGCACACUUACAAGUGAUCAGACAAGAGAGUUGAAGCUGCGAAUUAUCAACAAGGUCGACUGGGGAAAUCGAAAACUUGGAUUGGAUCUGGUGCCGAGGCAAGAUGCUCAUAUGGUUGAUCCAGAUGACAUGUCUGUUGUUGAACUUUAUCAUGUGCAUGUACAAAGUGCUGAAAAUUCUCAGGGUGCAUCAGGACGUGGUACAAUACGUCGUAAAGAACAUAAAAAAGUAUUGACACAUCAUUUAUAUUUUUGUAUGCGUGAUUUUGGUCAUUCUGUUGGUGAAGAUUCAGAAAUAUAUUUUUCAUUAUGGGAUACAAAACGUGGUGAAUAUUUAAGUGAACGAUUUUUAGUUAAAAUAUCAAAAGAAGGUUUUUCAAAUUAUGUUGAAAAAUUACAUAGUAAUUGUACAAUAUUUACUGAUCUUGGUAAUGCUGAUUUAAAUCGUGAUCUUUAUAUUGUUGCACAUGUUAUGAGAUGUGGUAAAAUGUUAUAUUCAGAUUCAGGUAAAAAUAAAACAAGUAAUAUUGUAUAUAAACGUCCACAUGGUGUUGGUGUAUUAUCACUUGCUGAAGCAACACAAGAUCAUGAAGAAUUAGAAUUAACAUUUAAAGUAUAUCAAGGUGAAGAAAAAGAAUUUCAUUUAUUACAUGAACAAAUAAUUAAAAAUAAUAAAUGUACACCAUUAAGUGGACAACCAAAUUAUGGUAUUGUUGUAUCAUUAAAAGUAUUACAUGGUGAAUUAAAUCAAGUACGUGAAGAAAAUCCAUUGAUAUUUAAAAAUGUUUGUUUAACUAAAAAAUUAGGUUUUUCUGAUGUUAUAAUGCCUGGUGAUGUUAGAAAUGAUUUAUAUUUACGUAUUGAACGUGGUGAUUUUGAAAAAGGUGGUAAAUCAACUGGUAAAAAUAUUGAAGUUACAAUGUUAAUAUUAGAUGCUGAUGGUAAACCAUUAGAGGGUUGUUUAUUUGGUGCUGCUGGUGUUGAUGGUAGUUCAGAAUAUCAAAGUAUAAUAAUAUAUCAUCAUAAUAAUCCAAAUUGGGCUGAAACAGUACGUUUAGCUGUACCAAUUGAUAAAUUUUAUGGUAGCCAUGUGAGAUUUGAAUUUCGUCAUUGUUCAACAAGAGAAAAAAAUGAUAAAAAACUAUUUAAUUUUGCAUUUGUACGUCUUAUGGAACCAGAUGGUGGUGCAACAAUACAAGAUGGUUCACAUGAAUUAUAUAUAUAUAAAUGUGAAGAACGUAGUAAACUUGAUUCACUUGGUUACUUAUCAUUACCAAGUAAUUCAAGAGAACAAAAUUAUUGUGGUAUAACACCAGCACCAUUUACAAGAUCACCAAAAGAAUCAAUACAUAUUACAACAUUACUAUGUAGUACAAAAUUAACACAAAAUGUUGAUUUACUUAGUUUAUUACAAUGGAAAGAACAUCCAGAAAAAAUAUCAGAAGCACUUGGACGUGUAUUACGUUUAGAUGGUGAAGAACUUGUUAAAUUUUUACAAGAUAUAUUAGAUGCAUUAUUUUCAAUGUUUCAUACUGAAGAUGGUAAUUCAACAGCCCAUUCUGGUCUUGUAUUUCAAGUACUUGUAUCAAUAUUUAGUUUACUUGAAGAUACAAAAUUUGAACAUUUUAAACCAGUUAUUGAUGCAUAUAUAUCUGGACAUUUUGCUGCAGCACUUGUUUAUAAAGGUUUAUUAAGUAGUGUACAACAUUGUGCUGAUUGGGUUACUGCUGCUGAAAAACAAGAACCAAUUAUGAAAUGUUUUAGAUCACUUGAAUAUAUAUUUAAAUUUAUAAUACAAAGUAGAUUAUUAUUUGCACGUGCAACUGCUGGACAAUAUGAGGAUAGUUUUAAACGUGAUCUUUAUAGUGUAUUUAUUGCAUUAAAUAAAAUGUUAACAUUACCAUAUGAAAUGGUAUUAAUGUCACAAGUUGCUUUAUUAUUAUCAAUAUCAGAUGUAUUUGAACAAUUAACAGCAGUAUUACCAACACUUGAAGUUGUUAAAUUAACAUGUUCAAUGUUAGAUUCAGUACCAAGAGAUCCACCACCACAAUUAAUGCAAGCAAAACUUGUUGCAAUACAAAAGCUAGUAACAUCAAAAUUAUUUCAAGAUGAUGAAAGUAGAAAUUUAUUAUUAAUAACAAUAUGUAGAAAUAUACGUAUACAUUUAGCACGUAGAGAAGAAUUAAGAUCAUGUACAGAUAUACUUGGUGAUAUAUUAAGUUUUUUAUAUAAAAAAGGACAUGAAGAUAAUAAAGUUAAUAAUUGUAUACAUCAUGAUAUACAAAUAAUAUGUUUAUCAAUACUUGAUGUAUUAAUACAAUCAAUAAUUAUUAUUGUUAAUUCAAAUGGACCAGUUAUUGGUUGUUUAGUUGCAUGUUUAAUUGGUUUACUUCAACAACUUGAUGAUGAUCAUUAUAUUUGUCUUUGGGAUGAAUUAACACAUGGUGGUAGUAAUGAAAGAAAAACACUUAAAGAUUUUUUAUUAAGAGUUUUUUUAGUAUUACAAGAUCUUGUACGUCAAGAAAUAUUUCCACCAGAUUGGCUUGUCAUGAGAAUGCAAGCAAAUAAUAUUAUAUUAAAAUCAUUAGAACAAUUUGCACAACCAUUAGCAUCAAAAUUUUUACAUAAUAAUUUUGAUUCACAGCUAUGGUCAACGUAUUUUAAUCUUGCUGUUGCAUAUUUAACACAACCGUCAUUACAACUUGAACAUUUUUCAGAAGUUAAACGUGAAAAAAUUGUUGAAAAAUACAGUGAUAUGAGAGUAUUAAUGGGUUUUCAAAUAUUAUCAAUGUGGUCAAAUCUUGGUGAUAAAAAACUUGAAUUUAUACCUGUUAUGGUUGGACCAUUUCUUGAAGUAACACUUGUACCAGAAAGUGAAUUGAGAAAAGCAACUUUACAUAUAUUUUUUGAUAUGAUGGAAUGUGAACAAAGAGCAAGAGGAAGUUUUAAAUCAGUUGAAUCUGAACUUAUUGAUAAAUUAGAUAUAUUAAUUAGUGAAAAUAAAGGAGAUGAUGAGUAUCGUCAAUUAUUCAACACCAUGGAGCACCUUAGCGCUGUGCUAUUGGAUCGAGUACAAUCAGAGGAUCCAACAUGGAAGGACAGUGGUACAGCUUUUAUAACAUCAGUUACAAGACUACUUGAACGAUUACUUGAUUACAGAAGUGUUAUUCAGGGUGAUGAAAAUAGAGAUAAACGAAUGUCAUGUACUGUCAAUUUAUUGAAUUUUUAUAAAAAUGAAUUUAAUAGAAAAGAAAUGUAUCUACGUUAUAUUUAUAAACUUCAUGAUUUACAUCUGGCAGCUGAAAAUUAUACUGAAGCUGGUUUUACAAUGAAACUUUAUGCUGAUCAAUUGAGCUGGGAUUCAAUAAUAUUACCUGAGGAUCAUGUACAUCCAUCACAAACAGAAUGGCAAAGAAAAGAAGUACUUUAUCAUCAAAUAAUUGAUUAUUUUGAUCGUGGUAAAUGUUGGGAAAAAGGAAUACCAUUAGCUAAAGAAUUAGCAUUACUAUAUGAAUCACGUUUAUAUGAUUAUGCUAAAUUAAGUCAUAUUCUUAAAAUGCAAGCUAAAUUUCUUGAUAAUAUUUUAACACAAUUACGACCAGAACCAGAAUAUUUCAGAGUUGGAUUUUAUGGUUUAAGUUUUCCACUAUUUGUCAGGAAUAAAUUAUUUAUUUAUCGUGGAUUGGAGUAUGAGAGAAUAAGUGCAUUUACUCAAAGACUACAAACAGAAUUUCCAAGUGCUCAAAUAUUAAUGAAAAAUUCACCACCAGAUGAAACAAUAAUAUCUUCAGAGGGACAAUAUAUACAAAUUUGCAAUGUAAAACCAAUACCAGAAGAAGGUAGUCUUGGUUGUAGUUCAACUGAAGUACCAGAUCGUGUUGUUGCAUUUUAUCUUGUAAAUGAUGUACGUAAAUUUACAUUUGAUCGUCCAAUCCAUCGUGGUCCAGUUGAUCGUGAAAAUGAAUUUAAAUCAUUGUGGAUUGAAAGAACAACAUUAACAACUGAAUCAAAAUUACCUGGUAUAUUAAGAUGGUUUGAAGUUAUUGAAAAACGUUCAGAAAUGCUUGCACCAGUACAAUAUGCAUGUGAAACAAUGCAAAAUCUUGAAAUUGAAUUACGUAAAUUAAUAUUACAAUAUACAGCUGAACCACAUAGAAAUAUAAAUCCAUUUAGUAUGAGAUUACAAGGUAUAACUGAUGCAAAUGUACUUGGUGGUAUAACAAAAUAUCAAGAAGCAUUUUUAACACCAGAAUUUUCACGUCAAUAUCCAGAUAUGAUUGUACAUGUUAAUAAAUUAAAAAAUUUAAUAUUUGAUCAAAUAAGUAUACUUGAAUCUGGUUUACGUUUACAUGGACAAAUUGCACCACCAGGUGUACAACCACUUCACAAAAGAUUAGUUGAAAGUUUUACAUUAUUAAAAGAAAGUUUAGGUCCAUUAGCAAGACAACGUAUUGUUAAUCAAGAUAGUAUUAUCAACUCACCAUUACCACCAUUGCCAAUAAAUGAUAAACAACGUCCAGCAACACUUGACACAACAAUUGGCUUGAGAAAUUUACAUAUUGAUGCAUAUGAUUUAAAUGAAGAUGAAGGUUUUUAUAUGAGAGUUGAUGGUGCACCACCAGUACCACCACCAAUACCACAACGUGAAGUAAGACCAAGAUCUGUUGGCUAUGGCUCAACACCACCACGACCAACACAUCAAAGAACACUUAGUAAACCAUUAAGUCCAAAGUUACCAUUGAGACAUUCAUUACCAACACCAACUGAGACUGAUAAUUCACAAACAAAUAUUAGAAGUUCAUGGGGUGAAAUUGGAAAUGAACAAGCACCACCAUUACCACCAAGAGGUUGUACACCUGAUAAAAGAGAAUCAUCUGGAUCAAAUUCAAUAGCACCACCAGCACCACCAAAACGUCUUGUACAUAAAAAACAUACUGAAUGGAGUAUUGAUAAUGAUACAGAUAUUAUUAAUGAUACAAAUGAUCUUCGUGAUAGUGGUAUAUCAACAACAAGUAUUACAGAUAUUCAUUCACAACUUACAACACUUAAUAAUUUGAGUUAUGAAGAAUUUGAACCAAGACUGAGAUGCACUGAUAAUAUGAAUAUAUCACCACCAUCUGUGAUAAGUACAUUGAGUAUUUCAACAACGAGUUUUACAACAACAACAACAUUCCAAGGCUCAUCAACAAUUUUAAAUCAUGAGUCAAAUCCACCACCAAUUCCACCAAAAGCAAAUCAAGAUAUCCCAUCAGCUCCAUCAACACUUGAACGUGGUUCAUCGAGAAUUAAUGUUACAGCUCAAGCUGAAAAUUACUCAGUACCCAAACUUCAGAUACUCUCUGCUGCAACAGACACUGAGAGUACUGUCUAGUAUAUAUAAACCUAGUCUUUUUUUUAUUAACUCAUAGUCAAGAGUGCCAGGAGAAUCAUUAAUAAUAUUUUUGAUUAAAACGUGAACAUAGAUUUAAUAAUAAUACAAACAUUGUAAUUUAUCAAAAAACAUAAGAAAAAGAAAAAUCAUUAUCAAAGUAUCAUAUAUUAUAAUAGUUAGCUCAUCAACAUCCUCUAUUUAUUUAUAUGGAUGAUAAAUACCAAAAUAAUUAAAUAUAUAAUUGAUUCUUUUAAUGAAUUAAAUUUUUUUUUAUAAAUAUAUAUAUUUUUCAUUUUGCUACGUCUUUCUUAAUCAAUUAAUUAGUAUAUAUAUUGUGAUUUAUUUAUAUCGUUGACGUGUGUUGUAGAUGAUAAACAAAACAAAAAUAAUAUAAUUAAAUAAUACAUUCAAAUAUAAAAUAUUGAAGUAAUACGAAGAAUAAAAAUUAAUAAGUGAUAGUAUCAAAAAUAGAAUAUAAAAAAAAAUAUAUAUAAAUAUAUUUAUAAAUCAUGUAUUUUGUCAUGUUUCUUUGUGAAAAUAAUAAUUAAAGUGUACUCAAGUGUACGUCUAGAACUGAAAAACGAAAAAAAAUUAGCAUUUUCUAGCUGAUUGCAAUUAAAUAAAGCAACUUUAUAAAAAAAAAG